AUGGUUAAAAUAAUUGAUGGAUCAAUUGUCAAUGAUAUUGUUACCAAACAAUUCAAUGGCACUUCAUAUAUGAUCAAUAAUAACAAUCAACCGCAGCAACAGCAGCAACAACUACUGAUGCAGCCACAGUCCGACCCCGCAACCACCACCAACACCAACAACACCAAUUCCCAGUCCGAUGUGCCCACGCUCAGAUUGCUCGUGGAUGCAUUGGAGACCUCCACUUUUAUAUAUUCAUUCAAUGUCAAGUUGAAGUAUGUGCUGGCAGUCAGUCUGGCCGCCUCCAUCCUCUUUGGCUCCAUGGGUCUGUUGUCCUUCUUACUGCUUGUCUACAUUGGCACGCUGUACAAUGGAGGCAACAGCACCAUGUCGUCGUCCAACAUUACCGAUAAAGAUCAAUCCUCUCCAAUAUCCGAGAAGAGGGCAAUCCCUACCAUCCCAGAGCCCGCCUCACCAAAGGAGUCCGAGUACAGUCCACCAGCAUACCAUGUUUACAGCUCGCCAACCCUUAGAAGGUCAUCCCCAAACGUUAACUGUUUUUCACCAAACAGUGGAAGAAGACUUGGAUCGUCCAGUGAUAACAACGCUACUGUC